AUGGCCUUCGGAAAUCGUAAUUCUACAAUGGACUGGCAAAGUUGGUGGGAAAGCUCGGAACUGGUAGUGAUUUGCCAUACAGAAUUGCUGUACAUCCUGGAGGAGAAGGCCUUAUUUGUUAAUUGCCUAAGAGCUGCAGACUUUGGAGGUUUAUAUGUGCUUCAAGCCUUUGGAUAUAGCAUGCCUUUCUCUGUUACUGUCGAGACUGCUGAUUCAAGAUGCGGCCAAGAUGAUUGUGUCCCUUGGUGUGGGUCCGUGGCACCAAUUCAUUACCCGGUUUGUGUCGUUUGUAGUAUGGAGGCCUUCUCAAUUCUGGAAUGCUGGCUUUCUUUGGGGCCGUAUUGUGUUGUUGCUGUUGAAUCUGUUGGCAGACAGAUUCCUAUGGCAUUUCUUGAACGAAUUAAGGAUGAUUUCACCAAGAAAUAUAGUGGGGGAAAGGCUGCUACAGCUGUUGCUAACAGCCUGAAUAGAGAAUUUGGGCCCAAAUUGAAGGAGCAAAUGCAGUACUGUGUGGAUCAUCCAGAGGAGAUCAACAAGCUUGCGAAGGUGAAAGCUCAGGUUUCUGAAGUCAAAGGGCAUUCCAUUCCCAUGAAGGCUGAGACUAGAGGGAUCAUUAGACUAAAAUGUUCCGUCAAAAACUACGAUUGGGGGAAGAUUGGGAAGGAAUCGAGUGUGGCGAGACUUUACGGGAAGAACAGCGGGGAGGAAACUCAUGAUGAUAAGCCUUACGCCGAGUUCUGGGUUGGGACUCACGACUCUGGGCCCUCCUACACUGUCGCCGUUGGCCACAAGGAGAAUGGGAUUUUGCGGAGUGGUAAUGGGGCUCUAAAGAAAGAGAAUGAUGAUAAUCAUUGUAAUCGUUAUAGUUUGGUGAGACUGAAGGAUUGGAUUGAACAAAACCCUAGGGUUCUUGGUGAUCAAGUUUGGGAAAAGUGGGGUUCCAAUCUCCCCUUUCUCUUCAAGGUACUUUCAGUGGCAAAGGCAUUGUCAAUUCAGGCUCAUCCAGAUAGGGAUUUGGCAGCAGUAUUGCAUGAGCAAUAUCCAGAUAUGUACAAGGAUGGCAAUCACAAGCCUGAGAUGGCUUUGGCACUGACUGAUUUUGUGGCUUUAUGCGGCUUUAUCAGUCUUGAGGAGCUUAAAGAUGUUGUUCAAAAUGUACCCGAGAUUGUAGAGGUGGUUGGUGGUGCACAUACAGCUCAAGUGUUCCACAUUGAUGAAGAGGACAGGGAAGACAAAGCCAAAGAGGUCUUGCAAUCCAUAUUUACAGAACUCAUGUCAGCCAGCAAGGUCACGAUUUCCCAAGUAAUCUCCAAGAUGAUAGCUCGAUUGAAUGCAAAAAGUGAGGUGAGGGAGCUUACAGAUAAGGAAAAGUUGGUUUUGCAGCUCGAGAAGCAGUAUCCAGCCGAUGUUGGUAUUAUAGCAGCCUUCCUGUUCAAUUAUGUGACACUUAAUCCAGGUGAAGCCAUAUAUAUUGCAGCAAAUGAACCUCACGCAUAUAUAUUUGGAGAAUGCAUUGAGUGCAUGGCGACAUCAGAUAAUGUUGUUCGUGCUGGCCUUACGCCGAAGUACAGAGACGUUCGAACUCUCUGUUCCAUGCUCACAUUCAAACAGGGCUUGCCCGAAAUCCUUCCAGGAGUUGCUUUGAACCCUUAUACCGUUAAGUAUCUCCCCCCGUUUGAUGAAUUCGAGGUUGAUCGAUGCAUUCUUCCCCAAGGAACAUCAACCGUUUUUCCUGCAGUACCUGGACCCUCCAUAUUUCUGGUGUUGAUGGGAGAAGGAACUAUGUGCACAGUAUCCUCUAAAGAGUUAGUUGGCCAAGGUGACGUGCUAUUUACACCUGCAAAUACUGAGAUCACUGUUGCAACUACAUUAGGUUUGCAUUUAUAUAGAGCAGGAGUAAACAGCAGGUUUUUUGAAGAGUAA